AUGACAAUACCAAAACGAAGCUAUUCUCGAAUUGACACAUUGGAGCUGAAAGCUCUGAUAGUAAGGAAGGUUGGUCAUCAGAGAGCUGAGAAGUACUAUGAUCAGCUUCGAAGAUUAUUGAGUUCAAAGAUAAGCAAGUCAGAGUUUGACAGAAUUUGCAUGGUGAUACUUGGGAGGGAAAAUAUCCCUCUUCACAAUCGACUCAUUAGAGCGAUUUUGAAGAAUGCUUGUCUGGCUAAAGUCCCGCCUGUGAGAGGCUCUGCAAGAACAGGGAGUGCCUUUAGUGUAAAAGUUUCAGAUGGUUUGCAAAGAGGCUCUAUUCAAACGUUGUUUGGGGACGCGUUUCCCCCUUCCUUGCGGAGGAUUGGCCCUUCAGCUGCUCGAGACCGUAGGUGUAAGGGCCGCCAAAAUGCUUUGGGGCCGCUGGGGAAACCCCAAUUUGGUCUUGCGUCUGAAGAAUUGAUAUGUAAGACACUGGAGCAGCAGAGUGCGACAGAACUGAAUUCCCUUGGCAGCAGACCUCCAAUAUCUGUUGAAGAAGGAGAGGAGGUUGAACAGAUUGCUGGAAGCCCCAGUGUUCAAAGUAGGAGCCCGGUUACAGCUCCUCUUGGUAUAUCCAUGAAUUUUGUUCGUGGCAGUAGACGUCAUUCUAAUGUAUCGUUAUGUAGCAAAGGUUAUCCAGAGACUUGUCACAGCAAUGGAGAUCUCCCUGACACCAGAUCUUUGAGGAGUCGUUUAGAGCAAAAGUUGGAGAAGGAGGGUUUAACUGUGACAGUGGAUUGUGUAAAUCUAUUAAAUAAUGCACUGGAUUCAUAUCUGAAGAGAUUGAUUGAAUCCUUUAUGGAUUUAGCUGGGUCAAGACGUGGAAAUGAGCACCUAAGACAACAGAACAGACAGUUGGCAACCAGUUCAAAUGUAUUGCUACCUGAAAGAUGUAUGCAAAAAGCAACUAGAUCUGCUGAUGCAUCUGUUUUAGAUUUCCUUCUUGCAAUGGAAUUAAAUCCACUAGUUCUUGGACCAGAUUGGCCUAUUCAACUUGAGAAGAUUUGCGUACGUUCCUCUGAAGAGUGA